AUGCCCUCACCCUCGUCUCUGCCCUCCCAUGCCCUCACCCUCCUCUCUUCCCUCCCAUGCCUUCACCCCCCUCUCUUCCCUCUCAUGCCCUCGCCCUACUCUCUGUCCUCCCAUGCCCUCACUCUCCUAUCUGCCCUCCCGAACCGUCACCCUCCUCUUUUCCCUCCCAUGCCGUCACACUCCUCUCUGCCCUCCCAUGCCCUCACCCUCCUCUCUGCCCUCCCAUGCCCUCACCCUCCUCUCUGUCCUCCCAUGCCGUCACCCUCCUCUCUGUCCUCCCAUGCCCUCACCCUCCUAUCUGCCCUCCCGAACCGUGUCCCUCCUCUCUUCCCUCCCAUGCCGUCACCCUCCUCUAUGCCCUCCCAUGCCCUCACCCUCCUCUCUGCCCUCCCAUGCCCUCACCCUCCUCUCUUCCCUCUCAUGCCCUCGCCCUCCUCUCUUCCCUCUCAUGCCCUCACCCUCGUCUCUGCCCUCCCAUGCCCUCACCCUCCUCUCUGUCCUCCCAUGCCGUCACCCUCCUCUCUUCCCUCUUAUGCCCUCACCCUCCUCUUUGACCUCCCAUGCCCUCACCCUCCUCUCUGCCAUCCCAUGCUCCCACCCUCCUGCUCUGCCCUCCCCUACACUCACCCUCCUCUAAACCCUCAUCAACCUCCCUGGUCUAAGCCCUUCCCCCUCUCUAUUCACUCGCCCCUCCACCCUCCUCCUCCCCCUCGCUCCCCCCUCUCCGCCCGACCCCCUUCUUUCCCCCAUUACACCUUCCCCCUCCUCUCCUCCCCCAGCGCCCUCCCCGCACUCUCCGGCGCGGCCAAGCUGACCAUCAUUGGCAAUUGUACCGCCGCCAAGUGCAUCAUCAGCGGGGGUGGCGCCUUCCCCAUAUUCACCUCCCCCUCGUCCGGCCCCACAGGGGGAGAGUUGACUCUGGUCAACCUCAACUUCCAGCGGGCGGCAGGAGGCGUCUUUUUCAACGUGCGGGCGGCGAUCAACGCGAGUCAAUGCGGAUUCGUCGGAAGCACGGCUCCUAGCGUUGGCGGAGGGGUGCUCAGUGAUGGGGAGAAGAGGAGGGGUGGUCAGGUGAGGGUGAUGGGAAGAGGAGGAGGGGUGCGCAGUGACUCCUUCCCUGAAGCAGCAACCCCUCCCAACCGCUUCUUCUCGUACUGCACCUUCUACAACAACACAGCACCCACUGGGGAGGGAGGUGCAAUCAACAUCAACGAGGGGAACCCCGAGGGCAGCGGGCCUAAUGUGACGUUCGUGUACUGUGUCUUUCAAAACAACACGGCAACUGUUGGGAAGGGUGGUGCCAUUAGCAUUAACUUGGGGGAUCCCUAA